UAUCAAUGAGGCGCUCGAGCGUGUGUUUAUAGAAGCUCAGUGCGCUCGAGAGCACAUUCAACCUGCUACUGACUCCCAUCACAGAGACAGCGAGCGCGUUUCUCAGCAGGCGGACACUGUGUGAGGAUCUCGAUUUUUGGAUCUGAGUGCUGUAAACAGACCGGAGGCUGCUGGAGGUUCUCAGCAAAACUAUUGGGGAUGAAUCGCUGUACGGCCGCUUUGCUUUUGCUGGUUAUCGCUGUUUAUUCACUCAACACAGAGGCAUAUAAGUGCAGAUGCACGAGAAAAGGCCCGAAGAUCCGGUACAAAGAUGUACAAAAGCUGGAGAUCAAGCCUAAACAUCCAUACUGCCAAGAAAAGAUGAUAUUUGUCACCAUGGAGAAUGUGUCCCGUUUCAAAGGUCAGGAGUAUUGCCUGCACCCCAGACUCCAGAGCACUAAGAACCUUGUCAAGUGGUUCAAAAUCUGGAAGGACAAACACAGGGUGUAUGAGGCCUAAACGUUCAUCAUUAUGCACGAGGCUGAAAACAUUGCGGGAUGCACAGCACCACCAGUGAACUGUGGAUGACCAGAGGACCAAUUUUUUAAAGCAUGACUUAGCAUAUACCCAGACAAGCUUAUGAAGCACAUCAGUUAUAUUAAUGUGGAAUAAUUUAUAGUCAUACAAAAAUGUUUCCUAUACAAUGUAAUUAUGAGCCAAAUGUGCAGUUAUGGCAGAGAAAAGUCCCUGUGAAUCAGCACCAUCUGUAAGAAGCGAUCAUUACAUUUUUGCAACGUGUAAUGUUUUCUGAAGCAUCAGUUCUCGGUCUGAUUCAUUCUGUCGUGGCAUAUAAAGGGGUCCUGACACUUAUAUUUGGAUACUGUCUGGUUUGAAACUACUAUCCACAAGUGUCAAAGUAGAUCUUAGAGUUCUCACUGUUCAAAAGAACAGAAAUAUCGAGGAUGUGUAAAUAAUAUCUUCAAAGACUUUAUUGUGUACUAUGCCAACAUUCAGCUGGCUAAGUGUUUUUCCUCACAAUCAUUUUCAAAAAAUUGUUUCUCAUUGAUCUGCCCAAAAGUGCCGAACGAACUCAUUUUUUUUUUUUUCAC